AUGCAGAGUAUGUGGUCCCGCGCCGCCCCGUCGCAGACAUCCUGCCGGUGUGUGUCAUGCUUGAGUACCGUUGCCAACAGCGUCACUUCGCGAUCGGCAACAGCCGCCAGCAAGAGAAAAUUGAGAAUCGGGAACUCUGUUACCGCUCUAUAUACCAGCAUAUUUGCAGCGGCUGCUCUUGCGGAUGCGAAGGCGAAGACUAAGCGUCGGGAUGACCUUGCGGAGAAAAUUGCGGCGGUUAAGGCGGAGGUGACCGAACUUGUGGACGAAGAACAACGACUCCUUGAAUCCCUUUUGUCGCGCAGGAAGAACAGGAGUAUCAAUCGCAUCAUAUAUGACAAGGGUUUUGGUGGCGUUGUCUCCUCUCCAAGACUACGCCAGCGAACAAAUUUAAGUCACCCCUCGAGGUUCUUGCACACCGCACGCCGCCUUGGUAGCCAGAACCCCCAAAUUGAUCAGAAUGUUUCGACGGAAGAGUUUGGUCAUCUCGAUCUACAGGAAGCGGAGGCGAGCGCGUUGCGAGCGGCAAUGAACGAAGCCCUUCCGGAAUGGGUUGUCGGAGACACUGCACGCAUCAAAGCCGUGCAGAAGCUUGCGCUGAAACAAUUCGCCAUCAGGAUUCUACUCCGACCAUCGAUCGCUCACAAAUAUGCCGGUCUACCGAUGAACUACGGAGCCGAUUUCGAUGUCCCUUCUGUCGAUGUCAAUAAUCUCUUGAACGAAUUGAACAUUGUACGGCGGCAGAUGAACGCACUUCUACACAAGCGAAAUGUGGAUCUUUCCGAAGUUAUUCAGGACUUCAAUGCGAUGCGCUCCGAAGAAGGAAGAGACAAUGACCGUAGACUUGACGAUGAGCUACGGGAGUACGUUCAGCUGUUCACAAAUCAGCAGAUGUCACUGCAGGAACUGCUGCUUCGAAUCUCAGGGAAUUUGAUGAAGUCGGCAGACCCGGACCGCACGGCAGCUUUCCGAGAGCUGCUUAUUGUGUUUACGCAAACGCGCCAAAACGAUCUCAACGACCUCCUACUGCAGUCACUUCUUCCUAAUCGCUUCUAUCUGAGCACCUCGCUCAUCGUGACAAUCAUCUCAUUCUUCCGCAAAUCCAAGAACUUAAAAGACUUCGACCUAUUCCUCCAGAUGUUAAGUGGCGAAGGCUACACCGUCAAUUUGGGGACGAUUGGUCUAUUUAGGAGGCGCAAGAUUAAUGGGUUGACCACUGUUGUUCCGCCACUCUAUGGCAGCAGCACUGUAAUCUACACAGAGCUUAUUGCGGCCGCUUUGCGAUUUAAUCAGCCAGACCGAGCAGAUGCCUGGCUCCAGGCUGCGAGAAAGUCAGGCUUUUUUGACAAUUUCAACACAUUGUUCACCUAUAUUCGCUUCUACAGCAUCCGCCAGGACUGGGAAAGGGGCCUUAGUGCUCUGAAGAGAGCAGUCACCUAUCUUGUGUCGUCCACGGAUCUGUCUCCACGGCUUGUUGAGCGUUUGCUGUUAUAUAUGGUGCAUCUUUGUGACUCGUGCUGCCAGAAGGAAGUCUCUCAGAGCCUCAUAUCAGCUGCUGUGCAUUGCGGUUUUAACCCGAAUAUUCCCUCUCAGCACAAUGAUAUCACGCCCAUCGUGGACCAGGAAGGCCGACGAUGGAAAAAGGCCGCUGAAAUGACACCACAUCACAACUUAUCACGACCUCUGUGGCAGAAAUGCUACGACUUUGCGCAUGACUUUGGUCAGCAACUGAACCAUCUUGAGACAGCUGAAAGUGACCUCACACAACGAAAGCUCGAUCGGCUUGCCACUGUUCAUGCGCAUGAAUCCCUGUCUGCUGCUCUUCCCCAAACCAGUGAGCAUUCCACGAGCAGACAUUUAGUAACGGAUCCCGCAAACGCCACACUAAAUCAACCGUCCUCAAGCGGUGAAAUUGCCGCGCUGAGGGAUGAAGUAUCCCAGCUCCGACAAUUAGUGUUUGAGAUGCGAAAGCACCACAUUGAGGCUUCUUUCAAGAAAGACAUUCACCAUGAUUUGGAGUAUGAAGAUUCUCUCAUACAAUCCUCUGAAACAACAAAAUCUCAAAGUACACAUCAAGACUCCCGCGUCUCAUCUUCAGAGUCUCGAAGAACGUCGAUGAGCGUCGAAUUUGAACGCAUCCCGACGCCAAUUGAGCGUGACGAGCACGCCGCGCCGUCAUCCAAUUUCUCGUUUCGCCCAGCGCAAGUCAUGAUGGGACCUGCCCUCGUUCAAGAUCAUGCCAUCGGCACUGUUGACGCUCAAAACCACCAGCUGACACAGGGCCAUUCAAAGAAAACGAGUCGGGCCCGCAUGAGCAAGGGGAAACCCGUUCCUGCGUCAUCUCAGAGCGCUGCUGGACGGGCAUGA